CCCUCCACCUCUCUCAAACUCAAACAAACCAAAACUCAAAACCCCCCGCAAAACAAGUAUGAAACCACCGUCAGACAUCCAAACCCAACUCCUCCAACUCUCCUUCCUCUCCCUCUUAUCCAUCACCUUCCUCCUCCACACCACCUUAUCCUACACCCACCGCCACCUCCUCACCCACCCCCUCUCCCUGUCCUCCGCCCUCUGCGCCCUCCUCUACCUCCUUCACCGCCGCCUCUCCCGCCCCCGCCCAGUCCUCCUCCUCAACUACUCCUGCCACAAGCCCCCGCCGCACCGCAAGUGCACCUACAAGGUCUGCGAGUCCUUCUUGCGCCAGAGCUCGCACCUCACCCCCGAGAGCAUGGAGUUCAUGCGCAACAUCUACCUCAAGUCCGGCCUGGGCGACCAAACCUACGCGCCACCUUUCAUCUUCACCUCCGACCAGGUCCCCACUCUGGAGUACGCCGUCCAGGAGGCCCAGGAGGGCAUGUUCUCCGCCGUGGACUCGCUCCUCCGCAAGACCCGAAUCGAGCCCGGCCUCAUCGACCACGUGAUCGUCACGUCCGGCAGCUUCUCCCCCUCCCCCUCUCUCUCGUCCCACGUCGUGAACCGUUACGGACUCCGACCGGACGUGAAGAGUUACAACCUGAGCGGAAUGGGGUGCAGCUCGGGGAUCAUCGCCAUCGAUUUGGCGUCGAGGGUCUUGAAGUCUGCGCGAAAGGUCCAGUAUGCCCUCGUGAUCAUAACCGAGAGCAUAAGCUUGAACUGGUAUUUUGGGGAGAACCGUUCCAUGCUGGUGACCAACUGUAUCUUCCGUGUCGGGUGCGCCGCGGCGCUCCUCACCAACGACCCGAGCCAGCACCGGGACGCGAAGAUGGAGCUCGUCGACUCGGUCCGGACCCACCACGGAGCCAACGACGGGGCCUACCGCGCCGCGUUCCAGGAGGAGGACGGGAAGGGCAACACGGGAGUCUCGCUCACCAAGGACCUGAUACGCGUCGCGGGAUUGAACCUGCGCGAGCACAUAAAGAUCCUGGCGCCCCGGGUCCUGCCGCUGAGCCAACUCGGUUACUACGUUUUCUCGGUUAUUACGGCAGCGGUGGCAGGAGGAGGGGGGUCGAAGCCGGCGGUGGUGCCGGACUUCACGGCGGCGUUCGAGCACAUGUGCGUGCACACGGGCGGGAAGGCCGUGAUCGAGCAGGUGGGGCGGGUCCUCGGGCUCGGCGACGAGGUGACCGAGCCGGCGCGGAUGAGCCUGCACCGGUUCGGGAACACGUCGGCGAGCCUGGUGUUUUACGAGCUGGGUUACUUCGAAGCCAAGGGGAGGGUGAAGAGAGGGGACAGGAUGUGGAUGAUUGCGUUCGGGACAGGGUUCAAGGUUGGGAGUUUGGUGUGGAGAUGGCUUUGUGAUUCUACUCAAGAGAGCGAUAAUCCGUGGAAUGAUUGCAUAGAUGAAUACCCAGUGAAAGAUUGGUGAAUUCGAUUGCGAAAAAUGGGAUUUAGUUUUACGCGAAAUUUCUACCAGAAUAAUGUGCUAGUGGCAUUUUUCGUUUUAGAAGUUACUAUACUAUAGUAUUGCGCUUUUCAAAAUCCAGACAUAAGGUGUAAUACAUGAAACAUGAUACCUUGUGCUGUUUUCUUAUUGGAAAAUUCUAAAAAUCAGCCAAUUGAGCUGACGAUAAUAAGUGUAUGAAUGUGUAUUAAGGGUGCACGGAAGUAUGUUUUUUC